UUGGGGAUCCACACUGAUAUCUUGUGGUAGAAUGGCCACAUGUUUUAUAACGGUGAUGGUUUUAACUGUGAUAUGGGCAGUGAUCAUGGUUGUGCUCAUACCAUGGCCUUAUGAGAGGAUUAAGCAAGGAAAUGUUUAUGGACACGUUACUGGUAGAUUGAUGGUAAGCUCUCCUUCAGCCUGUGAUUCAUGCCAAGCUCGUUGUACGGUUGUACCUAUGAUCUCUUUCUAGUUUCUUUGCUCAUAUUUCCUGAGGGCACCAGGUCAAGAGAUGGACGACUGCUCCCCUUCAAAAAGGGCUUUGUUCAUCUGGCAUUGCAAACAGGUCUCCCAAUAGUUCCCAUGGUCCUGACGGGUACCCAUCAAGCAUGGAGGAAGGGUAGCUUACAUGUUCGGCCAGCAUCUCUAAGCGUAAAGUAUCCUCCUCCGAUAAAAACUGAUGGUUGGACAGCUGACAAGAUUGACGAACAUAUUAAAAUGGUACAUGACUUGUAUGUCCAAUACACCUUCCACAGUCACAGAAGCCUCUUGUGUUAGAAGAAUUCACGAAUGGUACAAAGUCGUAGUUGUGGAGGCUGUGGUACAUUUUUUAGUAAUCAUCCAUUCUUUAAAUUACAAUUCCCUAUUAAUUGUAACUCAAUUAGUUUCGAAAUGGCGAGGGGCUUGUAGCUCAAUCGAUUAAGAGCAAUAACCCGACACUAAGGUCCUAAGUUCGACUCCCCCUCCCCCAACAUUGAUUGUAUAGAAUUAUUUUUAAAAUGUAAAAGUAUCUGUUUGUUGAGGGAAGAAUAGAUAAGGCAUUAUCAUACGUAAGGAAAUUGUCUCUCCUA